AUGACCAACAAGAUCGAGCAAGAAUCAUCCAGAGAUAUCGCAUUUGAGAAAUCUGAUGAAGAAAAGGCAUAUGUAAAGAAGCUCAACUGGACUUUCUUGCCACUAGUAGGCGCAAUUGUGUUUAUACAAUUCUGUGAUAAGGCAUCAUUAAGCAUCGCAGCUGUCAUGGGAAUUAUGGAAGAUGCAAAAUUAACAGGAGAAGAAUUCAGUUGGUUGGGAUCAAUUUUUUACCUUGGAUAUCUUCUUUUUCAGCUACCAAACAAUUUGCUUUUACAAAGAGUUUCUCAUGGCCCAUACCUUGGUGUGCUUUUGGUUCUGUGGGGAACCGUCAUGAUAAUAACAGCCAUCUGUCACACAUUUGCACAACUUGCAGCCGCUCGAUUCCUUCUUGGAUUGUUUGAAGCUGGAACCAAUCCUUGUCUAUACAUAAUUCUUUCGCGUCUAUAUCGUCGUUCCGAGCAAUCAGCCUGCUUUGGAUUCACUACAAUAUGCACAGGUUUAGGUAUUGUAAUUGGCACCGUGGCUUCGUUCGGUAUUGCAUACAUGGAUAAACUGGGCGGAUGGCGAGCAUGGAGAUGGGGAUAUAUUAUUUUUGGCGUGGCAACUAUUAUUCUUGGCGUCAUUGUGUUCUUUUUUCUUGUCGACGAUCCAAACUCUCCCUUGUUAAACCUCUCGGAAAGACAAAAGCUUAUUGUUGAAGAAAGAACGCGCGAUAAUGCAGUAGUAAAAAGCAGCCACUUUAAAUAUUACCAAAUGUGGGAGGCCAUCAAGGAACCCCGUUUGUGGUUACUUUCAUUCGCUACACUGUGCAGUAGCCUUCAAAACGGUGGUCUAAUUACAUUUAGUACUCAAUUUGUCAAAGGACUUGGAUUUUCAUCUACUCAAUCUAUCCUUCUUCAAAUACCUGGAGGACUAGCCGCCGCAUUUGGUGCCUUGACUGGAGUUUGGAUAUCUCGAAAAACAAAUCAAACGAUCUACACUUCUAUACUAAUGUCUUUUAUCUCAAUGCUUGGGUGUAUUCUUUUGGCAGCAAUCCCCCAAGGAACAAUUAAGCUAUUGGGAUAUUAUAUUAGCUGGGCUGUAGCUGGUGCGACUACUCUAGCACUCACAAUAAUUUCAAAUGAUGUAUCUGGAUAUACAAAGAAAAUCUGCUACAAUGGUAUGAACAUGAUUUUCUUUACGGUCGGUAACUUCAUUGGACCUCUUAUGAUGGUCGAGAACCAGUCUCCAAGAUAUGUCGGAGGUAUGGUUGGCUUUGCAGCCGCAAAUCUUGUCACUAUACUUUGUAUGCUCUUUGUACGAAUGCUGAUGGCAAGAGAAAACAAGAAACGCUUAAUGAACCAAGAUACUGAACCUACUGAUGUCUAUCUCGACAAAACUGACAAGGAAGACAAGAAUUUUAUAUAUCGUCUGUGA